AAAUAAUGGCCAGAUCCAGUUGUGGCAGUUCUUAUUAGAACUUCUGACUGACAAAGAUGCCCGGGACUGUAUUUCUUGGGUUGGUGAUGAAGGAGAGUUUAAACUGAAUCAACCUGAACUAGUUGCGCAGAAAUGGGGACAGCGCAAAAACAAACCCACGAUGAACUAUGAGAAGCUGAGUCGGGCUUUGAGGUAUUACUAUGAUGGAGACAUGAUCUGCAAAGUGCAAGGCAAGAGGUUUGUCUACAAAUUCGUCUGCGACUUGAAAACCCUCAUUGGCUACAGCGCAGCAGAGCUGAAUCGGUUGGUCACCGAAUGUGAGCAGAAGAAGCUGGCCAAGAUGCAGCUCCACGGCAUCGCACAGCCAGUCACAGCAGUGGCCCUGGCUACAGCAUCCCUGCAAACAGAGAAAGAUAGUUAAGCACUAGGACCUGGAAGUGGGAGCCUGAGACCUUUCCUGCAUCAGCAGAGCAGUUGCUGCUCUUCCCUUUAUCUGAAUUGGAAAAGUCUUUUGUUUCUUGACAGUACAAUAUAGAGCAUGAUUUUCUAUAAAGAACUGGGAGUCUCACAAAUUUGGAUCUUUUAACAGCAUAUAUUUCGAUGUAAGCUAAGGGAUCACCACAACUUCUGCAGCUUUGAGUCGGGGCCUCUCUGGUGAGCGAUCUGAAACUGGUGGGGAAGGUUGGGCUGGUCGGCAGCGCUCUGUGUCCCAGCUGUGCAAAGUCACUUUUGCAG